AUGCCUCUCAGGUGGAUAUCGGAGCAACUCCAGCCUCCAGAUUCACUUUCGCCUGGCGGUGCCGGAGUCACAUACACUUACAGUGGCUCCCCGUCGCCGACUAUCAUUGCCUUGACACCAUACUCGGGGCCACUCGCGAGCGGGAACACGGUCAGCAUCACUGGCACGCACCUGAAUCAUGUUACUUCGGUCACAGUUGGCGGUUCUUCCGCGCCGGUGUUUCCAAUCCUUUCGCAGACGGCGAUCACUGUUACCCCACCAACUGGUUCCAGUGCGACUGCCGCCAGUCUAACUAUACCGGACGGCACGACCCCAGCCUCUUCCUCCUACACGUAUCUCGCGGUCCCAGCGCCUAGUGUCGAUAUUCCCAACCACCGGUCUCAUUUCUGGCGGCGCGGCGUUCGCCGUCGAAGGUACUGGUUUAACGGGAACACCGAGUGCCACUUUCGGAUCAGCCCCGGCUGCCUCGUUGACUGUUGUUGGUGA